UGUGUCUCCUGUAUAUUAUUCUGCCUCACGUGUUAGUAUGGAGCCGCAGCCCCUCCUGUGUGAUGUCACCUCCACACUGCGGUUACCUGGCUACAGGUAAACAGUUGGUCAAGUCCAGACUCUGCAGGGGAGCUGUGUGUGCAGAGACAUGGCAGCCGCCCCACAGCACAGCCCCAGCCCGGGCAAAAACAGCGAUCUUGUGGCCCAGGACAUGAUCUGGAAAGCACAUGUGAAAAAAGAACUGGAAACAACAAAGUCAUGGCCGGAGAACUGGGGCUUCCUCACCACACCUUACAAUGAGUCGAGAACUGAAAACAUCAUGGAAGCUAAAGAGACAGCACCAAAAAGCAAAGUCCCUGACCACAUGAACGUUCGGAUAGUGACUCCAAUGGAACAGUACAUUAAGGUUGACCCAUCACCUGCCCUUCCCCAGACAACCCAAGGCUUGAUUGGCUGGAGAUCGACUGUCCCAUCCCUACAACUGGAACGUUACGGCAAAACCCGGCAUCUCAAGGGCGACUUUUGCAAGAGUAUGAGCUGGCCGGCAGAAGGGAUCGCCUAAAUGUAUUAGUAGUCUGCCCAGCCCCCAAUAGGAUCAAAUGGAAGCAAUGAAACAGUAAAACUCAAGUCAUGAAAUUUCUAUUCUUUUUUCUCGUUUUGAAAAUAAACACUGGAGAUGAGAUGAGUAAAUGUUAAUAAUC